AUGGAAAAGUUAGAAUUAUUUCUAAAAUGGUUAGAAAAUUUCGACAUUUCAUAUGAUGGAAUAGAGUUAAGAAAAUGUGAUUUUGGUUAUGGAAUAUUUGCAAAACGUGAUUUUCAUAUCAACGAAACGAUUCUAUCUAUACCUCUUCAAUUAUUAAUUACACCAUCAUCAGUAGUUCAACUUUCAAACAUAAAACUAAAGCCAUUUGAAAUUUUGGUGUUGUUUUUCAUACUAGAGGAAAUUGAAUCAUCGUUAUGGUCACCUUAUCUUCAAAUCCUUCCAAUUACCUUCACUACUUUGGCAGCUGCUGGUGCUGAGCUUGAUAUUAGUUAUUUGCCGCUGAAUGCUCGAACAUUAUGGGAAAAGCAAAGUAAUGAGAUGAAAAUGAUGUUUAACAAGACGUUGCAAGCCAAGCAACCAUUGUCCACACGUAAAUAUUGUAUAGAUGUCGGUGGUCCGUCUUCCUCUGGGGACGAAAUUUUGCAGCGUUUGUCAUGUUUGAAAAAGCUCGAUCCGCUUUUAUUGACUGAGUGGAAAUCGGUAAGAAAAUCGAAGACCAUGGCCUAUGCCCGCUUCAAAGGUAAAUUCUGCAAUACUUCGGUUAUCAAUGUUCAUGCUCCAACUUUUUCGGAAGAUUCUAUGCAGAAUUUCAAUUGUUAA